UGGUUUCAGCGCAGCAUGGCUGUGGUCAUCCGUUUGCAAGGUCUCCCGAUUGUGGCGGGGACCAUGGACAUUCGCCACUUCUUCUCUGGAUUGACCAUCCCUGAUGGGGGCGUACAUAUUGUAGGGGGUGAACUGGGUGAGGCUUUCAUCGUUUUUGCCACUGAUGAAGAUGCAAGGCUUGGUAUGAUGCGCACAGGUGGUACAAUAAAAGGGUCAAAAGUAACAUUAUUAUUGAGUAGUAAGACGGAAAUGCAGAAUAUGAUUGAACUGAGCCGUAGACGUUUUGAAACUGCCAACUUAGAUAUGCCACCAGCGAAUGCUAGUAGAUCAGGACCACCGCCUAGCUCAGGAAUGAGUGGUAGAGUAAACUUGCCUACAACAGUACCCAACUUUAAUAAUCCUUCACCCACUAUAGUAACUGCAGCUACUUCUGUUCAUGAAAGCAACAAAAACAUACAGACAUUUUCCACAGCCAACGUAGGAACAGCCCCUCCAAAUAUGGGGACUUCUUUUGGGAGCCCAACAUUUAGCUCCACCAUUCCGAGCACAGCCUCUCCAAUGAACACAGUUCCACCACCACCAAUUCCGCCAAUCCCAGCUAUACCGUCUUUGCCACCAAUGCCAUCUAUUCCCCCUAUACCAGUUCCUCCUCCAGUACCUACGUUGCCUCCUGUGCCUCCUGUGCCACCAAUUCCCCCAGUCCCUUCUGUGCCACCCAUAACAACAUUGCCACCUAUGUCAGGCAUGCCACCCUUGAACCCACCACCUGUAGCACCUCUGCCUGCUGGAAUGAAUGGGUCUGGAACACCUAUGAAUCUGAACAGUAACCUGAACCCUGUGUUUCUGGGUCCUUUGAAUCCUGUUAAUCCUAUCCAGAUGAACUCUCAAAACAGUGUGAAGCCACUUUCCAUCAACCCUGAUGAUCUCUAUGUCAGUGUGCAUGGAAUGCCCUUUUCUGCAAUGGAGAAUGAUGUCAGAGAGUUUUUCCAUGGGCUCCGUGUUGAUGCAGUACAUUUGUUGAAAGAUCAUGUAGGUCGAAAUAAUGGGAAUGGGUUAGUCAAAUUUCUUUCACCUCAAGAUACAUUUGAAGCUUUGAAAAGAAACAGAAUGCUGAUGAUUCAGCGCUAUGUGGAAGUUAGCCCUGCCACUGAAAGACAGUGGGUAGCUUCUGGAGGCCAUAUCACUUUUAAGCAAAGUAUGGGACCUUCUGGACAACCCCAUCCCCCUCCUCAGAUGCUUCCCAGGUCAAAAUCACCCAGUGGGCAGAAAAGAUCAAGAUCAAGAUCACCACAGGAGGCUGGUUUUUGUGUUUACUUGAAAGGGUUACCAUUUGAAGCAGAAAACAAGCAUGUCAUCGAUUUUUUUAAAAAGUUAGAUAUUGUGGAAGAUAGUAUUUAUAUAGCUUAUGGACCCAAUGGGAAAGCAACUGGUGAAGGCUUCGUAGAAUUCAGGAAUGAGGCUGACUAUAAGGCUGCUCUCUGUCGCCAUAAACAAUACAUGGGCAAUCGAUUUAUUCAAGUUCACCCAAUUACUAAGAAAGGUAUGCUAGAAAAGAUAGAUAUGAUUAGAAAAAGACUGCAGAACUGCAACUAUGACCAGAGAGAAAUGUUAAAUCCAGAAGGGGAUGUUAACUCUGCCAAAGUCUGUGCCCACAUAACAAAUAUUCCAUUCAGCAUUACAAAGAUGGAUGUUCUUCAGUUCCUUGAGGAAAUCCCAGUGGAUGAAAAUGCUGUACAUGUUCUUGUUGAUAACAGUGGGCAAGGUCUAGGACAGGCAUUGGUUCAAUUUAAGAAUGAAGAUGAUGCACGGAAGUCUGAACGCUUACACCGUAAAAAACUUAAUGGAAGAGAAGCUUUUGUGCAUAUAGUUACUCUAGAAGACAUGAGAGAAAUUGAGAAAAAUCCUCCUGCUCAAGGCAAAAAGGGACUAAAGAUGCCAGUGCCAGGUAAUCCUCCUGUUCCAGGAAUGCCCAAUGCUGGACUACCCGGCGCGGGGAUCCCCAGCUCAGGGGUCCCCGGUGCGGGAAUACCCGGUGCGGGAAUACCCGGUGCUGGAAUGCCCGGUGCCGGAAUGCCAGGUGUGGGAAUGCCCGGUGCGGGAUUGCCCGGUGCAGGAGGUGAAGAGCAUGCUUUCCUGGCUGUAGGCUCAAAGGAGGCCAACAGUGGACCUCCUUUUAACUUUCCUAGUAAUUUUGGUGGGUCGAACUUUGGACCACCACUCCCUCCUCCAGGAUUAGGAGGGGCCUUUGGUGAUGGUAGGCCUGGUAUGCCUUCAGUUGGAAACAGUGGUUUGCCUGCUCUAGGACUGGAUGUUCCAGGUUUUGGAAGUGGACCAAAUAAUUUAAGUGGGCCAUCAGGAUUUGGAGGGGGCCCUCAGAAUUUUGGAAAUGGUCCUGGUGCUUUAGGGGGCCCUCCUAACUUUGGAGGGGGCCCUCCUGGUCUUCGAAAUGCCCCAGGUCAUUUGAGUGGGCCACCAGCCUUUGGGCCUGGCCCUGGCCCAAUCCACAUUGGGGCCUUUGGGCCUGGCCCUGGCCCAAUCCACAUUGGGGGUCCCCCUGGCUUUGGUUCUAGUUCUGGAAAACCAGGACCAACAGUCAUUAAAGUGCAGAAUAUGCCCUUUACUGUGUCUAUUGAUGAGAUUUUAGAUUUCUUUUAUGGCUAUCAAGUAAUCCCAGGCUCGGUGUGUUUAAAAUACAAUGAAAAAGGUAUGCCCACAGGUGAAGCCAUGGUGGCCUUUGAGUCUCGAGAUGAAGCCACAGCUGCUGUCAUUGAUUUAAAUGACAGGCCUAUAGGGUCAAGGAAAGUAAAACUUAUAUUAGGAUAG